AUGAGUGAAAUAUCCAGUGAAAAUGACGAAAAACAUCAUCAAGAAGAAGUGAAUAAAUUAAGUGCAUAUGUGAAUCGGAACGGUUGGCUUUCACCAGAACGUCGUGAACAAUUUAGUCAUUCAGAAGAAGCAAAAGCAUUUCACGAUUAUGGUUUUAUCUCAUCUAAUUUUCCACCAAAUGGAAUGCCAAAUAAUAAUUUGAAUUCUAACGCUAAUCCGUUACAAAUGAACACAAAUGACACAAUGCCAAAUGCGACCGUGCCAUAUUUUUCGCCACCAAAUGGUCAACACAAUAUGCUAUCUCAGCCGUUUAUGCGAUAUCCAAAUCCACCACCUAGAUCUCUUGUACGCAUACCUGGUCAGCCGGAUUAUAAUGGUCCAAAAACAUUGUUACCGCCGAACUUAGAGCCUAGUCGCAAUGUUCGAUUAACGUCGCCAGGUAAUCGCUCGUUUCGUUCCGUUCAGGGCAUGCCGUCUGCAAUGUCACCAUCAAUGCCAAUGGGACAAAAUCAGGUUGUGUCGGGACGAUGGAAUAUGACAAAUUCACCGGCUCCAUGUGCUCCAAUGACCAGUCCUCAGGAUUCAAAUGGAGGAGAAAUUCCCCCUUAUGCAAUGAGAUCUGGCGGUAUGGGUUCUGGUUUAUAUCAUGAGCCGCAUAUGUCGCAUAUGCAACCUGACUUAGCCCAUCACGGACAGAUAAACGGAGAAUAUGAUCAUAUAAAACAUUCUCAUUCUCCAAUGUCUGCAUCACAACAAUCAUCAAUGUCCAAUACUGGUCCCCCAUCCCAUCUUCCUCCGGAUAUACAAAACUUUCCUCCAUACAAUCAAGAAUCAGAUCAUAGUAGCGGUGAUACUGAAGCAAUACAAAAAUUAAAAGAAUCUAUACAGGAAGAAGUGAAGAAGUUUGAUAAAGGAUCACAACCAUUAUCGGCAAAUUCAGAUGAUUAUCAUUUUCAAGGAAUAGGAUAA